CCCCAGCCACAAGGCCGUGUCCACGCACCACCCGGCUGCAUCCUUGAGCUAAUGUGGCCUCUGUCUCCUGCCCCACAGCCAUGGCCAGCACGCAGGUGCCCUUCUUCUUCCCCAUGGCUCACUUCAUCCUCUUUGUGUUCACGGCAUCCACCAUCUUCCACCUUCAGCAACGAUUAGGGAAGACUCAGCUCACGUGGGAGGGCCAGACGCCUGUGGCAUUGGGGCCAUUGCCAGCCACAGAGAGUCACCAGCUGGAAGGCAUGUUCACCAUCAAUGCCAUCGGGCGCCUGGGGAACCAGAUGGGCGAGUACGCCACGCUGUACGCCCUGGCCAAGAUGAACGGGCGCCCCGCCUUCAUCCCCGCCCAGAUGCACGACACGCUGGCCCCCAUAUUCAGGAUCACGCUCCCCGUGCUGCACAGCACCACGGCCCGCGGGAUCCCGUGGCAGAACUACCACCUGAACGACUGGAUGGAGGAACGCUAUCGCCACAUCCGGGGCCGCUACGUGCGCCUCACGGGGUACCCGUGCUCCUGGACCUUCUACCACCACCUGCGCCCCCAGAUCCUGCAGGAGUUCAGCCUGCACGAGCACGUGCGCGAGGAGGCCCAGGCGUUCCUGCGGGGCCUGCGGGUGAACGGGAGCCGGCCGGGCACCUUUGUGGGGGUCCACGUGCGCCGUGGGGACUACGUCCGCGUCAUGCCUCAGGUGUGGAAAGGGGUGGUGGCCGAUCGGGGCUACCUGGAGCAGGCUCUGGACCGAUUCCGGGCUCGCUACCACUCCCCGGUGUUCGUGGUCACCAGCAAUGGUAUGGCCUGGUGUCGGGAGAACAUCGACGCCUCGGGGGACGUGGUGUUUGCGGGCAAUGGCAUUGAGAACUCGCCAGCCAAGGACUUUGCACUUCUCACGCAGUGCAACCACACGGUCAUGACCAUCGGCACCUUCGGAAUCUGGGCCGCCUACCUCGCUGGGGGAGAGACAGUUUACCUGGCCAACUUCACCCUGCCGAACUCUCCCUUCCUCAAAGUCUUUAAGCCAGAAGCAGCCUUCCUGCCAGAGUGGGUGGGGAUCCCUGCUGACCUGUCCCCACUACUCAAGCACUGACACCAGACUGUCCCUGGCAGCCCCUCAGCUCCCAGGCAUGAGGAACCCUUUGUUAAAUGCACUAAGACCCUUCCCACUUGCAUGGAGACGCCUUGGGCUGCAAG